AUGGCAGGAAAGCUCCUGGACUUCUAUGAUGUGGACAAGAAGAAGCUGGGUGAAGGGUCCUAUGGCUACGUUUGUAAGGGCACCAACAAGGCCACCGGCUCCGUUCGAGCGGUGAAGACGAUCGCCAAGGGAAAGAUGAAGAACCUGGAGCGCUUCAAGCAAGAGAUCGCCAUUAUGAAGAUGAUGGACCAUCCUAACAUCAUCAAACUCUACGAGAGCUUCGAGGAUCUCAGGAACAUCUACCUGGUCAUGGAGAUCUGCUCCGGCGGAGAGCUCUUCGACCGCAUCAUUGACGCCGGGAGCUUUACCGAGGUCGUGGCGGCCAUCCUCAUGCAGCAGAUCAUUCGCGCGGUGUACUACAUGCACCAAAACAAGGCCAGCACAGCCCAGCGGGGAUGGUCCUCCUCGAAGGUCCUGGCGUUUCUGAGCGCCCUGAGGAGUCACAUGACCACCACCAACCUCUCCAAGGAGGCCUGGCUUGACCUGAGUGUGGCCAAGUGCAAGCCCGCGCUGACAGAGCCUGAGGCUUCGGCCUAUUGGACGGUUUUCAGCGUGCUGCAGCAGUCCAUCUUGGGCGACCCCGGGGAUGCGAUGGACAUUCGCCUCAUUGGGGUGAUGCUCAUUUGCCAGAUCUUCAGCCCCACGCGCGCCAAGGCAGACGUCAGCAAGAGCGAGGUCUGGAACGAGCGUGCCCCUGGAGUGCUGUCGCCCAGGCAUUCCCCCAGAGCAAAGCCCUCGCCACACACGCCAUCCAUUGGGAGAGGAUUGGACUUCACCCAAGCCUUGCACAGCUUCGUGAAGCAAUACCUAGGGUGCUGGCUGCAAAUCGCCAGCCUUUCGCUGCAGUCGGACCCCGCCAGCAUCACCGCUGAGGAGUUCGAUCUCCUAGGCUUGGUGCUGUGCAGUGGCACCAGCAAGACUCAGCAGCUCUGGAAGCUGUCAGAUGCGAUACCUGAAUUGGCAUCCAAGUCCUCGAUGCCAGCAGCGGAUUUGCGAAAAGCUGUGGGACGUUUGCUGUGCUGGAACGAGGAUCUGUACACGACAGACGUGGCCAAAGAUGGGCUGGAGCCCAAAGCCAAGACGCUGAAUAUCAGCAACGUGCUCCGGGGCAUUUGGUUCCACAGGCCGCACAAUGCCGAGAUCGAGUACCUCAACAUAGCCGACUGCAAGGACAGCGCCAUCUACGUGACAGCGCGGAUUCGCUACUGCCUGAUCACCGGCUGUGAGGGCACCACCAUCAUCCUGGGCGGAGUUUCUACCCUUUGUACCACUCACAAUUGCGAGAAAGUCUCUAUCCAUGUGGCUGCUCACUGCUACAAGAUGGAGAAUUGCGUGGAUACCUCUGCAUAUUUGUAUUGCCACAUUUCCCCCAUCAUCACCGGCGACACGCGAGGCAUCAAGCUGGGGCCCUACAACGUGCUCCACUCCCACAUGGCUUCGGUGCUCCAUGGCUCUCAGAUGACCUUGGACCGUGACUUCGUGGAUGCCUGGGCCCAUCCCAUCUGCUGCACCGCUGGCAUGGCCGGGGAGACGCUGAGUCGGGACGCCAACCUGGAGGAUCAGAACACUACGUACCACUUUGUGCACCCCAGCAAGUUCUUGCCGGUGGUGGUGCCCGAGUCCGGCCCCCGCGGGGUGGCACCGCAGCUUCUGCUGCCGGAGGUCUACGAUAAGGCCAUGAAGGAGAGGCAAGAGGAGAUUCGCCAGGUAAUGCACCAGCUGCAGCACAUUCCCAGCGAGGCCACGCAGAAGAAGGUGCAGGACACCAUCCAGAGCUGCUUCAAAGACUGGCUUCAGUCCACUGGGAAGGUGACCCACCGAGACCUGAAACCCGAGAACUUCCUCUUCACCAGCAAGGAGCCCAUUGAGAAGAACUAUUUGAAGAUCAUCGACUUUGGGCUGUCCUGCAAAUACUCGGAUGGCCAGGUACUGCAAACCAAGGCGGGGACGCCGUACUACGUGGCGCCCCAGGUCUUGGCGGGGAAAUACGACCAGGCCGCCGACAUUUGGAGCUGCGGCGUGAUCAUGUUCGUGCUGCUUUGUGGGUACCCCCCCUUCUUCGGCGAUAGCGACUCGGAGGUGCUCGCGAAGGUGAAGAUGGGCAGCUACUCCUUCAAUCCAGCGGACUGGAAGAACGUGUCCGAGGACGCCAAGAAUCUCAUCCGACACUUGCUGAAGAUGAACCCAAAGGAAAGGUACAGUGCCGAACAAGCACUGAAUCAUGAGUGGAUCAAGCUGAAGGCGCCCAAGGCCACCAACGUCUCGCUGCAGAGCAACUUCGUGGACAACCUGCGCGGCUUCCGGUCCCAGAACAAGCUGAAGAAGGCGGCGCUCCACAUCAUUGCCGGGCAGCUGAACGAGGAGCAGAUCAGCAAGCUGCGGGACGUGUUCAUGAUGAUCGAUGGCAACGGCGACGGCUACCUCACGGUGAACGAGCUGAAGGAAGGCCUUGCAAAGUCGGGCCUGAAGGACGUCCCCCCAGACCUGUUGCAGAUCAUGCAGGAAGUGGACUCGGAUGGUAGCGGCAACAUCGAUUACACCGAGUUUCUGGCGGCGACCCUGGAUAAGAGGAUGUACAUCCAGGAGGAUGUGUGCUGGUCGGCCUUCCGGGUGUUCGACCGGAACGGGGAUGGCAAGAUCUCCAUGGAGGAGCUGCAGCAGGUUCUGUGCAGCAACGACGUGGAGCAAGUGGUGGGUGCGAAGGCGGUGGCGGAGCUCAUGCUGGAGGUGGACGGCAAUGGUGAUGGCUUCAUCGACUUCAAGGCGCCGUCCGUCGGAUCCGUCGGAGCAGCGGUGGCCCCAAGGCCCCCGGAAGAGUUGAGGGGCUUUGGCCUGCCUUUGAAGAGCUGA